CCCUCCAGCCACCAGGAUUUGCAGGGGCGAAGGCCCGGCCUUGCCGCCUUCAAGAGGAAUCAGACUGGAAUAAUUCAUGCAGGGAUAACUGCAGCUUUGAUAAGAGCCCCACAGAUAAAACAACAAAAAAUAAUGUGACCAUUAAUUUAUACCCCAGGUCGUAGUUACCGGCUUGUCUCCAUUUUUCAGAGUAGGAAACUGAGGUUCGAGGUUAGGUGAGUUCCCAAUGUUACACCAUUAGUAGAUGGAGCUGAGACUCCAGCUCGGUUCGGCUUCACGCCCCGCGUGUUCACCCUCAGUGGGUCGGCAGGUCAGCCAACCCGAAUCCCCUUAUCCUACCCAAUGCAGGCGCACUGGCCCUAGACUUGAGCACCCCCCUCUGACCAGGCCGGGAUUUGCAUGCUUGCUGCGGUCCGGGACAGGGUCUCUGCCCCUCCCCGGGGGCGGUGGUCCAGUGACGUCACCGCCCCUUUAAGACCCCGGCCUCCGCCCUUAUCCCCAUUUUUGUCCUAGGAAUUUCCCUAGUCUCUUCUGCAGGUGAGUCUUGGGGAAAUGUGCGUGUUGGAGAGAGACGCCCGGCGGAGCCGGGUGCAGGUCGUGGAGACGUGAGUGGGGGUGCAUGCACGCAGGUCGUCGAGUCCCUGAGCCCUGGGCUGCUCAGAAACUACCUAUUAAUCGAUUCCUUCGGCGGCCGGGGAAAGGUUAAAUGCCCCUCCCCUCUCCCCCGGGACAAAGGCACCGAAACCUCGGGCGCCCCUCCCCCACCUGCCUUGCCUCUCAGGGGCUGGUAUCCGCUCCUCCUCACCUGCUGAAGCGGACCCUGCGGCCCGCGCCGCCAUUAAAUCCCUCCUGGGUGCGCGGCUGGGAUGGUCAAGGGGCCGGGGGCGCCCUGGAACAGAGUCGAACCUUCAGAGCGUAGAAAAGGAAGGGGGCAAGGGCAGAGGUGCACUCAGGGGUGAGGUCUGGGGCGCCUGAGUUGGCGUGGCCCAGGCCCUAACUCAGCCGGAGGCCUGGUGGACGGACCUGGGUCCUGGGGCCCGCCUUGGCCGGUCUCCCCGAGGUCAUGAGUUCGGCCCCCACCUGAACUGGCUGCUAAGAGAAGUGAAUGGAGAGCCUGCCUUUGGGCCGCGCUGCUGAGGCCUGCGCUGAGUUUAGUGCACCCCCUCACCUUCAUCAUGGCCUCUGCUGGGCUACAGAUCCUGGGUGUUGUCCUGACUCUGCUGGGCUGGGUGAAUGCCCUGGUAUCCUGUGCCCUGCCCAUGUGGAAGGUGACAGCCUUCAUUGGCAGCAACAUCGUGGUUGCCCAGGUGGUGUGGGAGGGGCUGUGGAUGUCCUGUGUGGUGCAGAGUACCGGCCAGAUGCAAUGCAAGGUGUACGACUCACUCCUGGCGCUGCCCCAGGACCUGCAGGCUGCCCGUGCCCUCUGCGUCAUCACCCUCCUUGUGGCCCUGCUAGGUCUGCUGGUCUACCUUGCUGGGGCCAAAUGUACCACCUGUGUGGAGGACAAGGAUUCCAAGGCCCGCCUGGUACUCACCUCCGGGAUCAUCUUUGUCAUCUCAGGGGUUCUGACCCUGAUCCCCAUCUGCUGGACAGCCCAUGCCAUCAUCCAGGAUUUCUAUAAUCCCCUGGUGGCUGAGGCGCAGAAGAGGGAAUUGGGGGCCUCCCUCUACCUGGGCUGGGCAGCCUCGGGCCUUUUGUUGCUGGGUGGGGGGCUGCUGUGCUGCACUUGCCCCUCAGGUGGAUCCCAGGGCCCCAGCCAUUACAUGGCCCGAUACUCAGCAUCUGCCCCUGCCGCCUCUCGGGGGCCCUCUGAGUACCCCACCAAGAAUUAUGUCUGAUGUGGGUAGGAGAAUGCAAGCUCCAUUGGAGCCUUCCUUCCUCAGCUGGGGCCAUCAAAAGAUGGUGAUGCUUGACAGCUUUGGGGUAGCAUCUUACCUUUUGUUUUUGCUUUUUACUGUUUUUACUUUUGGGGGUAUUUUUUAAAUCCACUUGUUAACUGAAACAAGAAGAUGACUCAGACUUAGACACACACCUGGAUUCUGCUGUUGGCAUUUCUCACCUUUGGAUGAUGGAGCCAAAGAGGUGAUGCUUUGAGUUUCUGGAUCUUUCUCCACCUUAGACAUCUUAUCUUGGAAGCCAACCUGGAGCUGUGGAACAAGUGUGAAGGCUGUUUGCUGUACUGGCCUUUGUAACAAGACUGUCCCUAAGAGUUCCUGCUACUGCUGGGCUUUCCUAGACUUAAGCCCCUCUUCUCAGCUAUGGAAGAGAAGGUCACAUGUUACCAAAGAACAGCCCACCUCCAGAUCUUCUGACCACUGGCUGCUCCAUCCUUUCACCACGGCCAUUCCCUAGGUCACAUCCCAACUGUUCUGUAGUCACCCCCUUCCCCACUUCUGCCCUGC